CUCCUUGCGGAAGUCACAACUCUCAAGUCGUGGAUGUGAUAUAUAAUAUAACAUCGUACUCUAGUGUCAGCCAUUUAUUCUAUUAACCAUUUCUAAAUUGAUUGCAUCAUACGAUAUUAAAUUUACUUACUGCUCAGUUUUUCUUGUGAAUUGUAUUCGAUUCAAAGCUUAAACUUUUUAAUUAUUUUUAGUUAUUGUAGUCCAACUAAAAGUUACUGUUCUAGUUUGGUCAGAUCAGUUUGCAACAUGACUCCAAAUAUUCAAUCCUUUAUCAACAGCUUUCAGAACCGAUUAGAACCUCCGGUUCGUCAACAUCUCAAAAAUGUGUAUGGAACACUCAUGAUGACUUGUGGAGCAGCUUCAGCUGGAGUGUAUGUUGAUAUGUUCACAAGAUUCCAAGCCGGAUUCCUUUCAGCGAUUGUCGGCGCAGGUCUAAUGCUGAUGUUAAUUGCUACUCCAGAUAAUGGAAAGAACACAAAGUUAAGACUUGGCUACCUAUUAGGAUUUGGUUUAACUUCAGGUAUGAGCAUGGGGCCUCUUUUGGAUUACGUGAGCAUUAUUGAUCCAUCUAUAAUUGUGACAGCUCUUCUAGGCACAACAAUAGUGUUUGUGUGCUUCUCCAUUGCUGCUAUGCUAGCCGAUCGAGGCAGCUGGCUGUUCCUAGGUGGCACACUCAUGACCUUACUUAGUUCCAUGUCCCUGAUGACACUUGUUAAUAUUUUCAUGCAGUCUCAAUUUCUUUACCAAGCUCAUCUCUACCUGGGAUUAAUGCUGAUGUGCGGUUUUGUUCUGUUUGACACUCAACUUAUCAUUGAGAAGCGUAGAAUGGGUAAUAAAGACUUUGUGCAACAUGCUCUGGAAUUGUUCAUUGAUUUCAUUGGAAUGCUCAGGAGACUUCUCAUUAUCUUAACACAAAAAGAGGAACAGAACCGUCGCCGCAAACGUGAAUAAAUCUUUCAUUAUUAAAAUUUAAGAUGUUUAAAUUACACUGUAUCUUGUAACAUUUUCUUGUAUUUAUUUUUGUUAUGGGUUCAGAACUUUAUAAAUUUCAUAAAAUGAAAUAAAUUAAAACAUAU